AUGGAGUCUGAUAGCAAAGAUGUAAUUAAAACUGGAAGUGAUGGACAACUAAAAGAUGACCCAAAAGGUCCGUCAAAAAGUAAACGAUCAAAUCGUAAGAAAAAAAGCGAAUUACCACCAAUUCUUCUUCCAAAGUUUCCAUCUCAAAAACAAGUGAAAAAGAACAAUUCGGAUGAUAAAAUGGAGAGGAGAGAGGAUGACGAGUCGACACCAAUGUGUCCGUCGGAUAAAGCGAUAGAAGAUGGAGAUGAUAUGGAAAAACCACCGGAUGAACAAGAAGAAGAACAAAUCGAUGAUACGCAGGAGAAUGCUCCACCGGAACAACCGAUUGUGGAAGAGAAUCCGAAGAAGCCUGCACCCGAGAAGCCUCCUAUCGCCUCUGAUAAAAAGGUUCGUACCGAUAGAUCCCAAAUGAAGCCACGUGUGAAAGAAGGUCUUAGUGGGCGGAGCGAAGACAGAAAAACAAGAAAAUUGGCGCCUCCGACGGACAAAGCGGACAGUAAACGGAGAAGUGGGCUGAAUAAACGACCGUCUGCAGAGGAUUUGUUCUCGGAAGAAGGGAAGAAGAGUUAUAGGAGGUCGAAAAAAAUUAAUACGAAAAAAAGGACAAUUCAACAGAAACAUCCUCCGGACCCCCAGAAUGUGAAUCAGGCAGCUUCACCUGACGGUAAGCGGGAACGUUCUCUCAUAAUGGCUGUUCCGGAGAGGUCGAUGGAUGAAAAGGGGAGAAAAGCGGCAGCAACGGGAGCACAGCCUAUUGCUCAAACUCCGCCUGGUCAUACAACGACUUUGCCACCACCGAUCCAAACUCCGCCACCACCAGGAGGGUUUCCACCGUUGAAAAAGGAACAGAAAGAUCAAGGAUCUGGUGGACAGAGAUCGAAUAUGGGAAUGUUGUCGUCGAAGGGAUUCGAUCCGGCGGCGAAGAAAAGGAAGAAGAGGGGAUUUCUGAAGAAUGUAUACAAAAAGACAAAGUUUUGGGGAAGAAAGUCAGAUUGUGUGGCCGAUCCAACUACCGAACAGCUCGGAAAAUCAUAUGUUCCACCAGAAUACGAUAUGAAAAACAAAGCCGAUUUUCUACCGGAUAUUAGAAAAUGGUUUUCUGUAUACAAGGAUGAUCAACUGGCAAUGCGAUUAAAAAUGAAUCCGUGUACCACUGAAAAAGAGAUUUUUCUGAACAACCGCCCGUUCUGGCUGACACCUCAACCCGGAGAUGAAGCACCUCCGAAGGUUCGGAUUCAAUUGCACCGCCCCUUGAAACUACUAUACGCCAAAAACUCACUGGAUCUUCUUCCCAAACUCACAAGAACUGAAGAAGGAUUUUUCGACCCAAAAACAGCGGAAUUUAAAGCGUUGAAACAGAUUGAUAAAGUGAUUGGAGUGGAGGAUGCGGACUCAGCGAGAUUGAAGGAACGGGACAGAGAAGCAAAGGAGAAGGCGAAAGAGAAAGAAUUGAAGAGAAUCACGACGAACACAUUCUAUUCCACGAUAAUGUUUGAGGAGGAGAAGUUGAGAUAUGACGAGAAAAAGAAAGAACUCGAUCCGAACCAGGGGAUAAAGGAAACAGACCCUCCGAAACCUCCUCCCAAUGAGCCACGAGUAUGGUGGAAACCGCAUGUAGAACCAAGUAAUGAAGAGAAGAAGAAACUGAAACCGGGAGAGUAUAUUCAGAAACUUAACAUCUAUGAUAGAAAAGGUCGGCCGACUCCCGUCUUAAAGCCCAAAGAAAAUCCCAAUCAUAUUCCUAAUCAUAUUCCCAAUCAUAUUCCCAAUCCUAAUCCCAAUCCUAAUCCCAAUCCCAAUCCCAAUCUCAAGGAGAAACCUACGAACAUUAUCAAGGAAAAUCAAAAGGAAGAUCCAAAGGACAAAGAUCCUAAGAGAAAAUUCAAAGAGGUCAGUUAUACGAUGGGAAAAGCGAGAAUUCUGAGAAAGCCGACGGUGACGCCGACCCAAUCGCCUUCUGGAACCUCGGUCUCGACGAAGUCGGCCACGGUGUCCUCGUCGAUGGAGGAUAAUAAGAAGUGA